GCGGAUGUGACGUGUGACUUUUAAUGGCGACUAGACCACAAAUGGCUGCCAUGUAUUAUUUAUAUAUUUGUUUAGUCUCUACGCGUUUCUUAGUAAAAGGUACUAUUACAGAAGAUGAUACAAAUACUGCUACAGACUCAACACUAGUGACCACAGAACAAUCGGCAACGUCUGAUCCAAUUGUUGAUCCAGUAUCUCCACAUAAAGACCAGACCGGAAGUAAAGGUCCAAAAGACAACCCGAAAAUAUCGCCGACUGCUGCCACUAGAGCAACAGCUGCUACUACUACGACUACUACUACUACUACUAGUACUACUAGCAUCACCACAGCCCAGAAUGCAGCUCAGACCAUAGCCCAGAUCACAGCCCAGAAUGCAGCUCAGACCACAGCCCAGACCGCAGCUCAGACCACAGCCCAGCCCGCAGCUCAGACCACAUCCAAGACCACAGCCAAGAUAGCAACGCUGCCUUCUCCUCCAAAGUACCCCUCCCUACCGAUAGGGCAGAAAAUCUUCAAGUACGUCCGACUCACCCGGAAGAGCCUCUACGGUCACCUGUUGGUAUCAUGGGAUAUCCAGGACAACUACGUCACACAGGAUGUGAACUACACCCUCCUUACGGAGUACUUUCGGAUCGGGGACUGUGCGGACAAUAAUAAUGUCUCGAAUCCUAAACAGGAGAUACCUUUACAGAGCAUGGUCAGGUCUUACGAGCUUCAGAAUGUCAUCUCCUGGUCAUCCCUGGCAGUGACACUUCGUGGGGUUGAACAGACUCACGGCCUGACAGACUACAUUACGGAAACUGUGGUCACGCACGAGACUAUUCCAGUAGGGAAACCUGUCAACAUUCACCCCAUGUCAAUUCAACCCAACUCCGCCCAGAUAGCCUGGGAUCCACCAAUCUGCGAAGAGAGAGGGGGCUUGAGGAUCAGAUAUGAUGUUGAGAUGGCGCCCACAAAUUCUCCAAUGAGCCCCAAAUUAAUGACCACCAACACAGAGUACAUAGCUUUGGCUUCCUUGACGGCAUUCACUACCUACCAGAUACGAACCCGCUAUGUCAACUCCGCCGGUGUUGGCCCUUUCAGUGACUUUUACAUCUUUCAAACUGGCCAGGGACCUCCCGGAGCGCCCAUAGUGUACAAUUUCACCUAUGACGACAUCAGUAUCGGAGUGGUCAUUGUUCAGCCGGCCCAACCCAAUGGUCAGAUUGACCAAUUCAAUAUUGAGCUGACCGGUGGCCUCAACCACAUGAGUGACUUGUAUACACCUCUGAAUGGUAGCGAGUACAUCAUCGGCAACUUAAUGUCCAACACUAGCUACUUGAUCAGGGCCAGGGCAAGAAACGCUGCGGGUUGGGGUGACUGGAGCAAGCAUAUCCAGGUCAGCACCAAGCCUGAGAUCAAGCCAAGCCCGAUAGCCUUGAGGCAGUUCAUGGCCAACAUGACGUGUAUAGGUUUUCAAUGGGCGCCCCCACCGUCAGCCGAUCUGCAUCUCGUUCAUUCUUACGAAAUUCGUGUCUUCUCCAGUGACCAGACAAUUCUUCCCAUCAGAGUUUUUGUCAGCAAGGACAACCACGAGCACAUUCAGUGCGGCUUGAACCCGUACACUCAGUACUCGGUCUCAGUGAGCGUCAUGAAGGGCACUGGACAGACUGGACAUCCCCUUGCGGCCAGGAUGUGGACAGAGGGAAUGACACCACCCAAGCCUCGCCCUCCGGUCAUACGUAAAGAAACCACGACCACUGUCACGAUUGAAGUGUUCCCUGUGCUGUUUGACUACGGCCCCAUCACAGCCUACCAGAUACGUCUCCUCCGGGUGUUUCACAAUCACACUGUACGAGAUCCUCAUCCACUAGGCUCGGACGUUUUCGGAGACGACGUUCCUCUUUGGUUCCUAGAAGACAAGGCAGCCAAACAGGAUCAGAGGUUAAAUUCGGACGCCAUCCGUGGCAACAUGGGGUUCUUAGAACCACCCCGUGACCUGGGCCAAGGGAACAACGUACCGAACAUCAUACCAUUGGGCAAGAGGUCGGCCAAUGACGAAGCGAAACCAGCCCGCCAAAUGACAAGCAGGAUGUCAUAUGACGACGAAACGAUUCAGCCAGGGAACGUCUUUCUCCUUACCAUACCCAGCGCCACUAUCCGGCGUUGCGACCUUGACUCCUGGUUUAUGGAAUGGAAGCAGAAGUGGCUGAACAACUCAGAAAGGUCACCCAAGUACGUCAAGAGAACAGCGCUUCCUAGCUCCGGAUGUUACGUUGAUGACUCGCUCCUGCGUCCUGAGAUCGUACAUUUGGAGAACACGGAAAGCUCUUCUGGUAAAGGGAGUAAAAACAGGAGAAAGAGGUCAUUUGGAAGCCCGCCUGGAGUACUUUGGCUGGAACUCUUGGAGAAAGACAUCCCUGAACCAGGAUUUUGGGUUAUUGGAGACGAGCAGAUGUACCACGGUAGGCGCAACCUGGCACUGGAGCCAGACACAGAGUACGCCAUAAUUUUUGCCGUGGAGAGUACCGUCGUAGACAUCACCAAGCACGCUUACUCAAUGGCUACCACCACGGCCUUCACGCUGUCACAAGAGGUGAAAUGGUUGACAGAGAAGCAGAAGAUGAUCAUCAAGUUCGCCAUCCUACCCAUCAGCAUCUUGCUGUUUUUCCUCUUUGGAUUCUUCGUCAUCAGACACAUUUUGUUGGCAGCCAAAAAUGCCAAGAGUAGCCCCAAUACUAGACAGAAGAAUGUAGACUACGGCCAGGAGGAGGACAUCCAUGAAGAGGAAGGUCAUGAUGUCCUGGAGGACGAGGACUCUAAUGAUGACUACAUGCCACUACAGAAGAAAAGUUUGACUGAGCCGUCGAAACUUACAGAAAAAGAUUCUAAAUUGGAGCAGUUCUUCAACCCAACACAGAAUAUAGGCCAACCCAGGUUUAUUACGACAAUGAGAGAGAACAUCUUGUAUAACGACAAUAACCGCAAUGCCGGGAACGACAAUAACAGUGCCGGGCCCGCCACCAGAGUGGUCCAGUUCGAGUCUGAUGGGGACAGUGACAGCCCUGACGAUCAGAGCUACUCACUCCCCCUUGACCCCUGUCCACCAGCCUACACCGACCUGGGCAACGCCAACAACAACGAGUGCUCCCCGUCCAGGGCCAGCUUCCUGAGCGGAGAGGGUGGUCUGUCGCCCGUCAAAGUCAACGCCUUUGAAGUGGUCGCUGGGACAGACUGCACGAGAGUCACGAGCCCAUGCUCCUGUGGAGACUAUGAGGGGAUGCAGGGGUUUGAGCAUGAUGGCGACUGCAUCCGGUGUGAGUGUCAGCAGAAUGAUGUGACUUUGGUUGACAUGAGUGACUUCGAGUCAGAUGAGUCGGUCUUCGAGUUAGACACGGGUUUGAAUCAGAGAACCAAUAAUCUCAUGGCGUCCGUUGUUGAUCCAUUCACAUUAAGAACACAGACUAAUUGUGACUCACCAAGGCUCAAAACCUUCACCAGUCAUCAAGUACCAUUCACGUCAAGCUCAACAAACAAGUUGGUAUCGACGACAUGGAACAUCUGCGAGAAAUCGCUUUCUGGUUAUUUCAAUAAUAACAACAAUAGUAUCGUGCAUAGCCCUCCAAGUAAUCGUAGAGAGCUUUGCAAAGUCGAUAUUAUGGAUAGUCGAAAAGAAAUUAACCUAGAUGGGUUUGACUUUGACUGUCGCGAAGAACUCAUCAGAUCAAAGACAUGGCUGACUCGGAGCAUUGACUUUCAUAACUAUUUAAACGACAACAUGGCGGUAGAGGACUCUUUCAAUGUCGCAAAAGAUUGUCUAUUAUCACAUAAAGAUGACGACAAUGAUAUAGGAUUUAGCCGGGAAAAAGAACAGAAUCCGGAAUGCAGUGGCGAUCUGCCUAGUUUUUUUGAAAUAAAUGACGUCACGAAUGACGAAAUUUGCAAAGCUUGUAAUGACGUAAUUAAAGAACUAGAGAUGGAUACGAAAAGUUUAAGCGAACUCUCUAGGCUCUCUUGCAAUGAUAAAGUGUGUUUUCACAGCGAUAAUCUGUUACUCAAUACUGUUCCGUGUUAUUUAGACGCUGGGGUAAACUACAAUAACAGCUGCGACUCGGCGGAUUCUGACCAUGUCAACAAAGAAACCGGAAAUGGCAAAGACUCCUCCCCCAACAAUAGUUUGCCGAAUGAGGGCAACGCCGACAACUCUGCCACUGUCGAGAAAAAAGAGAACUCCAAGAAGAAACUGUUUUCAUUGCGGCCGAAGAGCUGCGACCCCUCAACACUGCCGCAAUCCGCCACCAGAGCUGACGGGAAAGAUAAUUCAAAUCAAAAACCUUUAAAGUCAAAGCUGAGAUUUCGUUUCUAUAGGUAUAAAGGAUUAAAGUCUAAGCUUAAGACCAACACCAAGUCACACGGUACGACCUCUGCUGGACAAGUGGACAAAGUGAAAAACACAAAGAAAACUAAAGCAGCAUUGACGACUAAUGUCCAGCGGAAUAGCAAAGAGAAGAAGAGGAUGAGAUCUAAUAAGGAGAAGGCUCAAAUGAAGAGUAAAUUGAGCAGCUCUAAGUUAGCAGCUAAAAUCAAGAAGAAGGAGAAAAAUAAACCCAAAAAUAAGGACCUGGAUACAAGCUGUAACAAUCCAGUAAAACGUCGCAGGGACUCCAGUGACUCGGAAGACACGGGAAGCGAAACAGGAUCUGAGGAAGACUCAGAAACAAGCAGCGAGUACGAGUCAGAGUCAGAGACAGAGUCGGAAUCGUCGGAAGAAAGAAAGAAGAUUACGAAAGAAGAUAAGGUGGAUAAGUAUCAGUCUAAAGAAGAUAAAGUGGACAAGUAUCCGUCUCCUUAUGCGAAUUUCGCUGGUGUUGGCGAGAAGGAACCUUUCCCACCAAAUUGGAAUCAGCAGUAUCAAACGCCUGCGCCACCGCCAGCUCCACCUAAAAAGAAGUGGUACCACAUUUUUCCUUUCUUCAAGAAGUCUAGCGCCCCUUUGAGCAACGCCCCUUUAUACGACGCCAAGCCUGAACCUAACGUUCUCAAGAGAAGCGCCUCGGACAGCACCCUGAAGUUCAGAAACACGUUUGAACAGCCUGCGCAAUGUCAACAGCCUGUUCAGACAUUUCAGCAGGCACAGCCCCUACAGCAGGUCCGCCCCUUGGUCAUCGCACAGUACCCAAUCGUUCAGGCUGUGGUCAGUCCACGGCUGUACAGAAGCGUUCCCCAGCAAACCGUGAUUAUGCCUUCGGUAGCCGCGGUGGCUCCCCCGAAGUCCCCCUACACUGGGCCCAGGAGAAAUGUAAACUGGAGUAGAAAAAAGGAAUCCCAAGGGAUGGGUCUCAGGCCACAUCCACACAAUGUCAGUUUUAAAGACGAGUUUGCAAGCCUUGAGAACUUCAAGCGCAGUUUGCUGCAGAAACUUUCCUUUAACGUAGCCAACAGAAACAUGGACAAAAACAGAUUUCCAUAUAUCCUUGCUCCGGACCAUACCCGGGUGAACAUAGAGAUCGUGGCUGCUGGUGACGCAGAUUACUACAACGCCAGCUACAUACGACUGGACUCUGGCGUGCAGUACAUUGCGGCCCAGACACCUUUCUCGCCCAUCACCGUCAGCGACUUCUGGAGGAUGGUGCUGCAGAACAGGGUUGAAACUAUCGUGAUGCUCUGCGCAUGCGUAGAAGGCGGAGUUAUCAAAUCGGAGCAGUACUGGGCAGACUCGGGUGUUUACGCUGGUGGUCACGUGAUAGUCGAGACCCUAUCACAGAAAUGGUUUGCUAACUUUGUCGUCAGAACCUUCAAAUUGUGCGCAGCCUGUACAGACGAUGUCAGGGUGACCCAAUUCCAGUUCUUUAGCUGGCCUCUCAACGGUGUCCCCGAGGACGCGAUCCCUUUCCUGGAGCUGAGGUACAGGGUUCGGAGCUUCUACGGGAACAAGACAUCCCCGAUCCUUGUGACUUGUGGAACUGGCGUGGCCCGCUCCGCUGUCUACAUCGCCGUGGACCAGCUGAUCGAAGAGUACGGGAGAGAUGGUUGUGUCAAUGUUUUCCGAUUUGUCAAAAAGAUGCGAAGGUCACGACCGUUCAUGGUACGCAACCUAAAUCAGUACCGCUUCAUCUACGAGUGCCUUUUUGAAGAGUUCCAGGCUGGCGACACUGUUCUCAGACUAGACAUGAAGCCCCAGUACACAGCUCUGUGCCAGAAAAACCCUCAGUCAGAUUUCACCUAUCUGAUGGACCAGUUCAGAAUCCUUAGUCAGUUUACUUCAGACCUGACCCAGAAAGAAUGUUCAGUGGGGUCAUUGCGAGUGAAUAACAGUAAAAACGUGGACCAGAGAAUAUUGCCUCCAGAUAAAUACAGACCUUACAAUCAACUCACUGAAGGUGACCCUGGCACCUGGCCUUACAUCAAUGCAGUGAUCAUCAACGGCCAUCGCCGGACUGACGAGUUUAUAGUGACCCAGACCCCGUUGAACAACACGGCGUUUGACUUUUGGAAAAUGGUGCAGGACUAUCAGGUGCAGACCAUUGUGAUGUUUGGCAAAUGUCGUGGCUUGAACCAGGAACAGUACUUUCCCAAGACAGGGGGACGACAGUUUGGGAACCUCUACGUAGAACAUAUCAACACCACCAAGACAGACUCUGUGACCACGAGGAACCUCAAAAUAUGUGUGAUGGGGAUAUCAGGCGUAGAGAAGAGAGCGCUGAGACAUUUUCAGAUCAAGAAUUGGGAAGACUCCGACACAUUGUCAGCUAAAAGAAUUGAUCAGGUCCCGAAUGGUAUAACAGACCUGCUUGACCUGAUAGAGAAAGUAUUAGAUUGGCAGGUGGUUGCAAACAGGCGCACCAAACCAGUCGUUGUCGUCUGCGGUAAUGGCGCCACUCUGUCCGGGCUGUUCGUCGCGAGCCAGGUCAUCUGUGAGAAGAUGCGUGAAGAUAAAGAGGUGGACCUUUACCACACAGUCAAACACAUCAAGAGGAGGCGCCCCAUGAUAGUGGCAGACUUCGACCAGUACCGUUUCUUGCACCAAGUACUCUGGCAAUAUAUCAUCAACUUCAUACCGGAAGCUCAGAAACUCCUAAAGUUAAAUGAACUUGAGAACAAAAGUUCAGAUGAUGAGUCUGCAACAGAUGAGCUUGCAUCCCACAGCCCUAUCAAUGAAGCUUACAAAGAAAUGAGAAGAUCCUUUUCGGGGAGAUAUUCUCCAGAGAAGAAAGAACGAGAUUGGAUGGAUGACGACUUCAGCGACAUGCAGCAACUGCAGCAAAUGAACGACGAGCAAGAGCGUGGUUUUGUCAGGCUGGCGUCAAGCACAAGACGAUUUGAGUCGCACAAAUCGUUUUCUAAGAAUCAGUCGGCAGUGUCGUCUAGUCAGUCCAUGGAGACGAACGCUGGCAAGUGUUCCUGCCUGCCAGUGCGCCGUAAGAAAAGCCCACGUGGCAAAGGUUGUUGCCGUGGGAACAGCAAGAAGUCUUUAGAGGAGGAAGAUGAGGAUUUCCGCCCAAGAAGCCUUCGAAGCAUCAAGCAGGGACUGGGAACUGCACCGGGGAUCGCUUCAGCGCGAUUGCGUCCUUCUUCGACAGAUGACCCGUUUGGCGAGGCUGGUCUGAGCAUUCCCAGAAGGGCCGUGGACAGAGAACUUUCUUCCAGAACUUCAACCUUUAAGGCUGAAAGCGGAGCUUCAAAACACCGCCCAGAAAAUCAAAAGGAUGAGGACCUAAGGAUUUCAACACAUGGCGGUCGAAACACGAGCAAAAUGUUUAAAAAGAAAAAAGUACGUAAGUAUGUUGACACAGCUUCUGGGUCCAACACAGUUUUUUCUCAGGGAAGUGGAUCUUUAAACUAUUCAAUGAAUCCACUAGAGCGCGACAGAAGCUGGAUGCAUAACGAGCGUGACAUUGACGACAUCAUUCGAGAACUUUACUCUAACAGAGCCAACCAAGCUCUCGGUAGCAGACGAGAAAGUAUGCGCAACACUUAUCCUUACGCCGAGAUAGAAGAACCAUUUUCAGAACAACAAACGGGUGAACAGCGUGGAAACCACAUUCAAACUUUAGAAACAACAAUGAAUUCCCAUUAUCAGACUUUUAAUUAUCCAACUGACUAUCAAUCUGGCUAUAGAAGAAAAAGUUUCGCUUCUCAUCCGAAGUAUGGUCCGCCUGGACGAUAUCCAUUUGUUUCGAGGGAGCCAAGGUCAUCUGUGAAUGAACCAUAUUUUAACGAGCUCCCUGACCAGCGCAAACGUAGUCGGACUUUCCGUCACUCUAGGCACAGCGCGAACGUUCCUCAAGACUUUGAAGAUGCUUUUGAAGAUGACGAGUUUCAGGAGGAGCAUAUGGUCUGCUAUCGUCACAGUUCCCCCAUGACUGAGAAUGCAGCACGUAGUCAAACCUAUCGAGACAAUUUUUCUUAUGACGUAAGUGAACGAAGGCGGCCCAAGAGAAAUGAACAGAUGUGGCCUAAUGAGGCUCUGGAUGAUGACAGCGAGGACAAGCCCAAGACAUGGCCACGAGAAGUUGUCAAAACAUUCCCAACGAGGUCGACUUCUAAGCCCUACACAAACCAGAGCAUGACUCACGAAAACUAUAAAUCUAGGAAUCUUAAAAGAAGUUCUGAUCAAAGAGAACCAGAUUCCAGGUCAGCAAGCUACGGAAAUUGGAAACCACAAAAAGAAGUUUAUCAUAGAGCAAGACAGCCGGCAGCUGGAUUCGAAACCAUCUCUGAAGAAAAUACUCUCUCAGAUAGCAGCUUUCAUGAGGCUUUUUCUUCCAGCCUCCAGCCUGAAGAACAUCAAGAAAAGAUGCCUCGGCCUCAUAGCCGCAUGCUGGGUAAUCAGCCGCCAUUAACAACUUCUCAGUUGGAGCCUAAUGACGAGAACGGUCAAUAUUAUGUCUGUUACAGAAAGUCACCUUCUCGCCCCAUGCCCGAACCUCCCAUUUACGUUACCGAACAAAGAAGCUCUUUAUCGAAUCCGAGAAAUAAUGCACAGCCAUCGAUGACAGACUAUCAGAGAGCAACAAUCAAUGAAGAGCGAAGCAGGUCUUCACCCGACAAGCAAAGAAAAAGCUCACUAUCUGCACAAGAUCGAGAUGGUGUUCGCUUGCAAGAAGCACAUUCCAUGCUUGACGAGGACAAUCUCAACUUUAGGACUCGAAGGAAAAGCGAUGUACAAGGCUCAAAAGACUUUGCCUUUGCUGCAGGCGACGACGAAGCGGAUGAGGCUAGAGCCAGCAGAAGGACAAGUAGCUUGCCAUUGAAGACUGCAGAUUCCGAAUUCCUUCCGGAAAAACGAACCACACCAUACGAUGAGAUGUUUCAGGAAAAACUACAGAGUCAACGCCCCAGCUUAAAGAACCAAGGGGGUGAAGUACCACAGGAAACACCGCUAGAUGAUAGAGAUCGUAAAGCGGAAAUAAUGAACAGACCUAGAUCUGGAUAUGUUGAUGCUACCCCAGAACAUCAGCAGCUGUUGGAGAAGAAUUUAACUUCUAAAACCACGCCCAUCCGCGCAGAAGAUUCCAAAAAUAGAACAUCGCAAGAGUUAACCGCCGUUAGUUCAAGCAUUUCUGACUCGACCAGUACCCGCGAAAGUCGGGAGAGAAUGAUGCUGGAAGAUUUGGACGCUGACGACAACGAUCUUACCGCGACCUCUCAACGACGUCCAAAGAACGAGGGCAGACCAGAUACUGACUUGCCGAGGCAGAGCCAGACUUUGGUCAAACAAGCGACUGUUCCUGAAGUGGGUGGAGCCGAAUCUCCAAUUUACAACCAAUCAGCAAGGCGCAUUUCAUUUGCAAGAGAGGCCUUCAAACCGAAGUCCUCCAGAAACGACUUGAAUGGAAGAAAGAGCAAUGCUACGAUGUCUAGUCCAGCAGCUGGGCCUGGGGUCAAGCAUAUAAUGUGCCGACCACUCCCUUCACCUACAAAAGGUUCGCCGGUCAACUCAAAACAUGGGGAGAUGGCCACCGAAGAGCCACAAUGUCUUGCCAGCAGCACCCCCAGAGAGCCACACCGUCCUGCCAGCAGCACCCCCAGAGAGCCACACCGUCCUGCCAGCAGCACCCCCAGAGAGCCACAGAGGCGCCCAGAUGCAGACGACACCACAGAGUUACAGUGGACGACGUCUGAAGAUUGCAGCAUCAUGUCGCCGCCUGGAGUUUCUCGCGGGAAAGUCGGAGAAAUGGUUAGGAUGAAUUUACAAAAUAAAUCACCAAGGGAGCUCAUCAAGUCUAUAGAUCUGGAUUUCAAAAAGAGGAUUACCUCCCCUGACAUCACCGUUAUUAGGCCAGAAACAGGUUGUGGUAAUGUCCAGGUCUCUCCCUCACGUCGGCAACCAAUAACAGUACAAUGUAAAGCCAAACGAGGACCCAGCUGCGAGGAUUUGUGGGUCAAGGCCAAGGUAUCUGGUGAAGACGAUCAGUUGGACAACUCUUUUGACAACAGCACAGCCUCCUCCGAUUAUGACGUCAGCAUUCAUCUCAAAUGACAUCACUCCAUAGUUCGGCUAGAAUCUUUUUUUUUUUGUUUAAAGCGAUUUCAAAAUACUUCUAUCAGAACGAAUAUAAAUAUCUCUUUUGAUUUUCUUUCCUUCCAAUAAAAUGAUUCUUUCAAUUA